UAGAUAGCAAAAAGCACCAAACGAACGGAUGUUCUUGGAAAAUGGCGACUUCCUUAGGUUCGAACACAUACAACAGGCAAAACUGGGAAGAUUCUGACUUCCCAAUUCUCUGUCAAACAUGCUUGGGUGAAAAUCCAUACAUUCGAAUGACCAAAGAGAAACAUGGCAAAGAGUGCAAGAUCUGUGCACGGCCCUUUACCGUGUUUCGCUGGUGCCCUGGGGUCAGGAUGCGCUUUAAAAAGACUGAAGUGUGUCAGACAUGCAGUAGAAUGAAGAAUGUUUGUCAGACCUGCCUGCUGGAUCUGGAAUAUGGUCUACCUAUUCAGGUCAGAGACACGGGGAUCUCGGUCAAAGACGACAUGCCUAGAUCCGAUGUGAACAAAGAGUACUACACCCAAAACAUGGAGAGAGAGAUUGCUAACUCUGAUGGCACCCGGCCAGUCGGUGCUCUAGGGAAAGUCCCUGGAGCAAGUGACAUGCUGCUGAAACUUGCUCGCACCACACCCUAUUAUAAGAGAAAUAGACCUCACAUCUGUUCUUUCUGGGUGAAAGGGGAAUGUCGGAGAGGAGAGGAGUGCCCCUACAGGCAUGAGAAGCCCACUGAUCCAGAUGACCCACUGGCUGAUCAAAACAUUAAGGACCGCUAUUAUGGCAUUAAUGACCCGGUGGCUGAUAAGCUGCUGAAACGAGCCUCCACCAUGCCUCGGUUAGACCCACCUGAGGACAAAUCAAUCACCACACUCUAUGUGGGAGGACUUGGGGAUACCAUUACAGAUUCAGAGCUCAGGAGCCAUUUUUACCAGUUUGGAGAGAUACGCACAAUCACUGUGGUGCAGAGGCAACAGUGUGCUUUUAUUCAGUUUGCUACACGUCAGGCUGCAGAAAAUGCAGCAGAGAAGUCCUUCAACAAGCUCAUCAUUCACGGCCAUCGUCUGAAUGUCAAAUGGGGAAGGUCUCAGGCAGCACGAGGAAAGGAGGGAGACAAGGAAGGUGUGACUGAAAGUGGAAUCAGACUGGAGCCUGUGCCAGGACUUCCAGGAGCAUUGCCACCACCACCAGUCUCCGAAGAUGGCACCACAGCCAAUUAUUUCAACCUGCCGCCAAACAUUGGUCCAGCAAUCAUGAAUUUAGGACUUCCGCCACCCCCUGGAGUAGCCCUGCCUCCACCACCAGGUUAUGGUCCGCCUAUGUACCCCUCAAUGGAUCCCAUGGCCCCUCCCAUGCCUCCUCCUAUGUCUAUGAGGCCUCCUGGACAAGUUCAUUAUCCAUCCCAGGAUCCUUUACGCAUGGGUGCUCAUGCUGGUCGCCAUGGAGGCUCUUAGUCAGAAAGCCAGCUCAUGUGCUGUUGUGUAUAGCCCUACGUUCACUCUGGCAGCAAUUUUUCACAUCAGACUGCUUGAGUGUUAUGCUGGCUGUGUGGCGUUAUGAGUCCCACCCAGCUAAUGCAUGCUUUUUCUUUACAUGUGUCUGUUUUUUUGGGGGGUGUGGGAAGAUGCCAUAUGUUUUAAACCAGUUUAGAUCCCUGUAUAGUCUGAACAGCCUUAUGUGCUGGCCAGAAAUUCACAAGAUCUGUAUUUCAAACCACAUACUGUUAUGCUCCAUAUUUAAUACAGUAGACUCGAUUGAGUUGUUGUUGUACUAGUUUGGCAUACUGUUUACUUGAAUAUGUUAGGAUACAGCUUGAGCUGCAUAAUUAAUUGAUUUACAGCAAUCACGUUAUUCUAAUCAGGAUCAGCCAGGAUAAGAUAAUGCAGCCUUGACAGAGUGCCAAUUAAUUGCAGCUUGUCAUGUUUACCAAUUUACAGACUCCUUCACAUCUAGGAUAAUAGAUAGUAGCCAGUCCACCUUUUGAGUUUUGGACUUGUUGCUUCACUCUGUUGACACCAACUUUUAUACUAGACGAACAUGCCAUUCUCCUCACAAAUAGUGGCUGCAGGUGAGUUUUGAACUCAAGUCCAUGAACCGGUGGGUGUGUGGCACCAACACUGCCAAGUUAAAACGCUACUAACACCCUAAUAAAUAAUAAAGCAUCACUUGUGUUGUCCUGAUGUUUGAUUAAAGAUGUAACAUGCAACAGUUCUCCUCAACAAGAUACAAAUCUGAUAGGAUGUGGAAAUAAAUGUUUCACAGUGGGAAAAUAAAGUGCUUUUAUUUUGCAUAAACUAACAUUUAUGGUUACACUUCUAUCUGCUGCAGAAAUUUGCCAUAUUUUGUUUAAAAUUAAUGCAUCUGAUUAGUUUCGUCACCUUGUAUUGCUGCUGGUUUUUUUAAAUUUGGGGGCCAGAGGAAAGUAGAAUGGAUGCCUUUUUGUCCAAUUUUAGUCGUUUUAUGUCUUAUCGUUUAUUAGCUUGUCAACAGUGUUUCUGAUGUUACAGACUAUACAGUGGAUGUCCAUAUUAAUUAGAAUCAGAUUAAAAUGGUAGGAAUUACCACAAAGAAAAACGUAAAGCUGUUUUGCAGUGCUUUUAUUCUGACACUUCCCCUCUUAUCAGCCCUGUUUAUUUUUUUAGUUUAGGUAGAAUUAGCUUUCUUUAUGUAGAGAGGGGUUUAAAAUGGGUGUAGGUUUUCUUGCCUCCACACUUAUUUAAUAAAAUGUCAUGCUUUUUUUUUACUGUGCUGUGUACAAAGCAAAACUACUUGGUUGUAAUGACCAAUAAAUACCACAUGGGGCCAAUGCCCACCA